GAAAUGUGACAAUAGAUCUUUCGUGAAUGUCACAGAAUUAUUCUAGCAUACAUAUUGUAUUCUAAUGCAUGUAUAGUCCAUUUUUGAUAAGGAAUUAGAAAUUAGGUAGGUUCAAAGAAUAUCAUAGUAUCUUCAUUACUGAUGGGUAGAACAGAUAUGUCAAAAACGCUGAACGCUUAUAGAAUUAAAAAAAUCGAACACAUUGGCAGAAUGACAGCCAUGACGCAGGAAGAGAUAGUAGCUGGUGCUCGCACCGUAGCUCAGGGAUUGGAGGCCCUGCGCUGCGAGCACGGAGGUCUUCUUAAGGGCCUAGAAUCCCAGGAUGCACCUGCUGCAAGGGACAAGGCCAGCUUGAUAUCGAGGAAUAUUGAAAUGAUUGAACUAGGCCUUGGCGAGGCACAGGUCAUGAUGGCCUUGGCAAGUCACCUGCAAAUGGUCGAAGCAGAGAAGCAAAAGCUGAGGACUCAAGUGAGACGAUUGUGUCAGGAAAAUGCAUGGCUCAGAGACGAGUUGGCGGGAACUCAACAGAAAUUACAGGGCAGCGAACAAGCGGUUGCACAGCUGGAAGAAGAAAAACGGCAUCUGAACUUCAUGGCUAGCAUAAGACAAUAUGAUCCUGAUCCACCAGCGGAUGAUGAAAACACAAAGGAUAGACCCAAAGAUGAUCCAGUCGUUGAUCUAUUCCCAGAUGAUGACAACGAUGAGCGAACGAUGACACCAACUCCACCGUCUCAAUUUGCUCAACAAGUCAACGCUGGAUAUGAAAUACCAGCACGUCUACGAACUCUGCACAAUCUUGUUAUCCAAUACGCAAGUCAAGGGCGAUAUGAAGUAGCAGUUCCCUUGUGCAAACAGGCCUUGGAAGACCUUGAGAAAACAUCUGGUCAUGAUCACCCUGACGUUGCAACAAUGUUGAAUAUCCUAGCCUUAGUUUACAGAGAUCAAAACAAAUACAAAGAGGCAGCAAAUCUUCUCAACGACGCUUUGGCUAUCCGUGAGAAAACCCUUGGAGAAAAUCAUCCUGCUGUUGCUGCGACAUUAAACAAUCUGGCCGUGUUAUACGGAAAACGUGGAAAAUAUAAGGAGGCAGAGCCAUUGUGUAAACGGGCAUUAGAAAUUCGGGAGAAGGUUCUGGGCAGAGAACAUCCAGAUGUUGCUAAACAAUUAAACAACUUGGCUUUGUUAUGUCAGAACCAGGGCAAAUAUGAGGAGGUUGAACGUUACUAUCAACGCGCCUUAGUAAUUUACGAAUCAAAAUUAGGUCCGGAUGAUCCAAAUGUCGCGAAGACGAAGAAUAAUCUUGCUUCUUGUUAUCUAAAACAAGGCAAAUAUAAAGAAGCAGAAGUUCUCUACAAACAAGUCUUAACUAGAGCUCAUGAACGAGAAUUUGGAGCCAUUGACGGUGACAACAAACCCAUUUGGCAGGUGGCGGAAGAGCGCGAAGAAAAUAAGCAUAGAAAUAAAGAAAAUGCGCCGUAUGGUGAAUAUGGUGGUUGGCAUAAAGCUGCAAAAGUUGAUUCGCCUACAGUUACCACAACGCUUAAAAAUUUAGGAGCACUUUAUCGACGACAGGGAAAAUAUGAGGCUGCCGAAACGCUUGAAGACUGUGCGAUGAGAUCGAGAAAAGAGCCGCACGUUCAGCAGGCGCUCGACUUAGUGAAGCAAGCAAAAGUCGCUCAGAUCCUGGGAGAUGAGAAAGGAUCAACAAGGCGAGGUUCUCGUUCAAGCUUAGCAAACAGUGAACAUGAACCACAUGACGAGGUACGGACGGCAGCAGAACAUCAAAUCUGAGAUAACCAGAUGGAAUGUACUUUGAAUCAACAGGAUCGUAAGCACAUUGUUCGUGCUCAAUAAUGAGGAUCGUACUUCGCACAGGACAUGAAACGAAGAAUUGAAUGGAGGCCACGGACUCGACAAUAUUUUUCCUGAAAUGUUGCCUGAUGUCUACAACCCCUGCAUCAUUCGGUUUCACAGCACAUUCCAGCUGCUUUUAACAAGAUACGAGAUUUUAAGGCUUGUAUGGGCGUAUUUUUCGAAUAAUUGAGCGUUCAUACUACGUUGGUUACCAGGCAAAAAUGUCUAUCAGUUCUUGUUCUCAUCAUGCAGAAUAAUGCUAAUUUUAAUAUGGAUAAAUUUGAAGACCACAAUUUUUUAGAAUGUCAUUCGGAUGCUCAUUCAUAUGAUCCGCAUCAGUUCUUCAACUUGUAGGAGUUGUUGACCAUUAAUCGAUAUAAUUAAUCAUGCAGCAAGAUAUAGUUUCAUAUACUAAUAAAAUCCGUAACAAUUCGUGAUCGCGAUUUUUUCUACACUAUGCGUGGGUUUUUUAGAGCAUUAAAAUGAAUAUAUAAAAAAGAUUGCAACGUUGGUAGACUAUUUUGCCGUGUAAUUACCUACUAAUUUAUUAAAUAUAUUUAUCUGAGUUACAAAUCGCACACACAGAAUGGUGAAAUCGGAAAACUGUUAGCAGUUAUAGCUCUAAUAAUUUCAGGUGACAUAAAUAAAGAAUGGAAGGUAGUCAGCAAGCAAAUCACUCCUGUCUGUCUAUUCCAAUAUCCAAGUUGUUUAUCAUAAAUUUAACAACUAAAUUUAUUAUGCAUAGAAAUGUUCCUUCAUGUAUGCACACUAGGCUCCUUAGCCUAUGAAAAAUCUAUUGUUGACUAAACUAUGCAUUUAAACUAUACAGCCCAACAAAGACAAGAAUUAACUCUUUCGAGAUCCAGCGAAGAAUCAGCUGCACAAGUUUACUUGUUUGUGCUCUCUUUGCUGUACUAAAUGUCAUGCGAAAUAUGCGAGCUCUUCUUUUGCGCCAUUCUGCAUGUAUGCACGAUAAUAUCAUUUCGUUAUAAGUAUAUUACACACAUUAACCCGCACUAUAAUCAUUUUUUUUUUAAAUUACAUCCGAUUAAAUUCAUCGCCUACUUAUCUUCUCCUGCAUUGUGUUCCAAAAUAUAGCCUGUUAAGCACAGGCAUUGUGUUAACUCAAAUUUUCCAAAGUGCGUUGUAAUUUUGGAUGCACAUGAUUUCAAGGUUUUGAAAUGAUGAUGCAAUGAAGCUUUUAUUCGUAACUAUGUUACGAGAUUCUUACUUUUUUCUAUACGAAUAACGACUUUGAGACUGGCCGUGUGCUAUGUAUAUUUGUUAACUAUUAAUCGUAACUAUUAAUUUAUUGGGCAGCUAAAUCAUUUUAUUCAUUGCGUAGAGCAGAUUCACUCACGAGAUGAUACACUGCACGAUUACGAAAUUUGUCGUACCAUGGCAUUUAAGUAAAAAAAACUUUCUUUAAUUUGGCCACAUACUUUAAUAUUCCCGAAGCUAUUCCAGAGAGUCAGAUCAAGGCUUGUAUUAUGCUUUUAUCUGAUCAAAUAAUUGUUAAAAAUUACCACCCACCUAUUCAAGAUAUAAAUAAUAUACUUACAAUUAGUCACGUCUGACACCGAACAAUAAAAUAAUGAUGGCGCGGGGUGAUAUUAGACAUUUAAAGUUGCAUGCGGUUUAAUUUUUUAAAUUCCCUGCAAAGUGGAACUUUAUUCGCGUGAGAUUUAUAUUUUAUUGAACAGGAAGAUAAAAGCAUUGUGUGAUGGUUGAUACAUUUUGCCCCUUCCCCACUGCAACGACUUUAGAUGAAUAGAGCAAGUGCUCGGCAUCGAUAUAACUACUUAAGGGAAUAUUCUCUAUCUCUGUACUUUAGAGUAUCAGGGUAAUGAGCACUGAAUUCAAUCUAGCCACAUUUUUAUUUGAUUCAUAAGUAUUGAAACAAUACUUUUAACUCGAAGAAAACAAAUUAAAAUCUACAGCAAAAAUCAGAUAUCAAUGUUGCGCAUAGCUUAUUGUUAGUAAUUAAUGCUAGAUAUUGUUAAGAUUAUUCAUAGAAUAAUGUGUGCAGAUAUGUAUGCGGUAAGUCAUGGCGCCCUGUGUACUCUUCGGAACAGAGAUUACUACUAUCUUGAUUACUGAAAAGCAUGAUGCUAUGCAAGCUUUGAUGUAUAAUAAAUAUUAUAACUUGUG